CAUCACCCAGUAGUGCUAGCCGGAGCUCUGCGACACCGGAACUGCGACCAUGACGCGCGACAUCCGCGCCAGAGCGCUCGAGAAGAUUGCGCUGCUCUCGGCAGCGAGCUCUGCGACUGCGACGGACAAGACAGACCUCGAUCGACUGUACAAGGCGUGCCAUUCUGGAGGACGGGGAGGCGAACAUGGCCGGUCCGGGCCUGAUUCCAAGCCAAACGGCUCUCUGGGGAUUUCCAUUCGCGAGUUUGAGGUCCUCCUCGCGCUCUGCAAGACGGCGCCGAAUAUCCAAUCCAGCCAAAGUGCUCAGAAGCUCUCUUACCGAUUGAUUCCUUACAUGCUCGACAUUCAUACUCAAGUUUUCGUCCCCUCGCCCUUCUUUCGCAAGAUCGAACCAUCCCCGACAGAGUCGCUCGCCUUCCACGUUACAGCUGCGUUGUUGUCGCUUGGAAACAACCAUCACGAGCUUCACGACGAGAUCUCCAAUGGUAUCUGGCACUUCGCCAAUGACUGCAUCAAGGUGGCCGACAAUGUCUUGUCGCCACACGUCGGAGACCCGGAGAACCCCCAUUUGGACGAUGCGAUUCGCACCGCGACCGUUGCUCUUGCGCUCGUUGGCUUCCUCGAUGCGGUAUCCGCCCAGGCAGACUUCUGGAGAGUGGACGGCCGGCUGUAUCUUAUACAAAAGAUCCGACAGCUCCUCUCAGAGCCCUUUCUGGUCGCAGUCGAGACCGCGAUUUCCACCAUCCGCAACUCCCUCAGCUCGGACAGAGACGUCAAGGAGUGGAAGAGGCAUUUGCGCCACUACGCUGCAGCAGGGAGACCCCUUGGGGCCAUGCUGCUGCAGCGCAGCUUCAUGUGGCUGGUCUUGGCGAGUAGUUCUUUGAUGGUUGCGGAUGGGGAGCGCCUUCGGACGACUCACAUCCUGGAUAUCCUCAUGUCCAAGGACGGCAACUCGAGGUCCGGCGCAAGUCUGGAUGCAGAGGCCGAUACCAGCUCAGUCGAGACGUAUACUGGCCUUGCUAUUGAGCAGAUGCACUACAUCGAGGCCGGUGCAGACUUCGUACGGCUUGGAGCUCACUCCCAGCAACAGCUUGCUUUUGCCGUCAAAUCUGCUGCUAUGAUUACGUACCUAAACUGUGCUUUGCUGAAUGAGGAGAUUGCGGAUGCGGACGUUCUCACCACGUGGCUGCAGGAGGCACUGGAAGACCCUCUCCAGAUGGCCGAUGAAACACUGGCAUCUACUGUUCUGCAGUGCCUGGCUCUAAGCUGUCGUAUCGCUCCCGCAUUCUCGUCGACUGUCAGCCGCGUGCUUCCCCGUUUCCUCGUUCAAACCAUACCUCAGGGCAGCACCGUUGGGGUGGCAUCCAAGAGUCUCGCAUAUGUCCUGAGGCUGCUCUCGAAAGAUGCAGUCAUCAGCACUCUCUAUACCUUGGGCAAUGUUCUGAGUCCCGGCUCGGAUGCAGCCAUUGCGCUGCAAGCAAAUGGCACCGCCGGCGAAGCGAACUUGGUCCCUGUGUAUGCUAACAGACACUCUACGGGAAGCGCCAUUUCUCUUCAGAUGAACGGCGAGGAAGAAACGGCCAUCAUCUAUGGCAACGUUGUCCAGGCGAUAUGCGGCAUCGCAGCAGCAUGCGACGAUGAGAAGAUUACGGCUCUUGCCCAAUCCAUGCUGUUGCAGAAGCUCGACAAGGUCAACGUCAGUGUGGACACUCAAGUCAUAGCUGGCGCAGCUACAUUGGCCCUUAGUGGAGGCCAACUGGAGUUCCGCUCUCUUCUCAAGCUAUACUCGAGGAUCUGCCAUGUUGGCGUGGUAGAGAAGAAAGACUUCCUCUUGGGCUCAGUCAAGAGAGCUCGCGCCCACAUCUCUGCUCGCCUGCGUCGGGAUUCACCCUUGUUCGACAUCUACUGGGAGCAUCUGCUGGACAGCAUCAUUUCUCUCGGAGACGCUCACGCAUCCGGGCAGACCAAAGACUCGGAUGUGCAGUUGGCUGCUCUGGAGAUUGGCGAGCUGCUUCAUCCUCUCGCCGUAUUCAUGGCCAGCAAUGAUCUUGCUUCUGAACCCCUGGCAAACGACGACUCGUAUGUUCUCCUAAGGGAUGCGUGGUUCAACAUUGUUGUACACGGCUUCAUGACAACUACCGAACGUGGCAAGAAGUACAUCGAUGAGCUUCGUAUGAUUGCCGUGCACUCUCCCGCAUUGGUGGCGAGCCAACGCAGCGAGCAAGUCGAGAGUGACAUUGAGCUGAAUACCGUCCUGAGAAGAGGGCAUAGCAACGAGCGAGAGGCGAUGCAGAAGAAGCUUCUCAGCGAGCUCGUGCCCUCAAAGGCAGCUGACAUUAAGAGCCUCAGCUACCGAAAGGUCAUCUUCCUUCAAGCCGCCUACCUGGUUGAAAGUCUUCGCGCCGACGCCGGCGAUUGCACCAAGGCUCUGACAUACUUUUUGGAGCCGGCCAUGCGAAAGGGAGAUGUCAGCAGCACGAUGGAGGGAAUUGCUGCUGCUGUCGUCGACAAGUACUUGAAGAAGACGCUCGCCGGCAUUGACCCAAGCUUCUCCUCCCAGUAUGCCGCCACUCAGCUUGUCUCCAUCUUCCGCAAUUGCUGUCAUCGCAUCGAGCGAGUCCAACAGGCCGCAUUUGCGUGCGCGGACCGUAUCAUCAAGGACGUCCCUUCGGCGUUGUGUCACAGAACAUCCCUCUUCGCUUUGCUGGAGCUGCUCUCCCUCCUAUGGACGAGCUGUCUGGAGGCUGAGACCGAUGUCUACACGCCGCGGUCUAUCUUCACUUCCAAGCUUGGCGAUGUGACGCUGGAACUAUCCGACGACUACGAUUUCCGUCGCUGGACGCUGGACGCCCUUAACCGGAAGGCCAAGGCAUGGGUUACCACUGCCAUCAACCUGGCGCCCUUGGAUGUCAAAGGCCUUCUCCAGACAUACUUGUCGGAAUUUGAAGACGACGGCGCAUACGGCCAUGUUUCGCUCGGUCGUUCUUUCGCUCUGGAAGUUGGAUCCAUCAUCCCGUCAACGGACAGCAGGCUGCAGUCGCUCGACCGCGUUGGAGACACUGCUCUCAACACAGCGUCUGACCUUAUCGCUCAGUAUACUACUCGCCAGGAGUACCGCUAUGGUGAAACGCUGCCAGAUAGGGGAUCCGAGUUGAUCACCUUCAUGAACAUGAACCGCCGGUCGUCGUUUGCUCGAAUCUUGAGUAAGAAGUCCACUUCUUUGAACGAGGUUCGAGAGAUUCUCAGACGGGCAGCCGCCCUGUUGUGCCGUGGCGGGAAAGAUGAAUCGGCCGUCGCUCGCUAUCUCGUGAACAUACCCUUUGCUCUCUUCACGAAGCAGUCCAUUAAGCUUGGCGUUUCGUUGUGGCUCGGUGUAAUGAACGAGAAUCCGCGACUGGAGCCCAAACUGCUGAACUCCAUUGCUCAGCAGUGGGAGCUUAGCAUCUCUCGCAAGGUCGGGCUGUUUCAUCCAGCCUUGAGCCAUCCGGACCCUUUCUUCCUCAAGGAAGAAUUCGCGCCAAGCGAGCUGGAGAUGCUGGCAAAGAAGCGACAAUUGGUGCACGACAUUCUGUCUCCUCACGCUCGUUUGCUUCAAUUCUUCAGCAGCCACUUCAAUGCCACCAGGCUUGGCUGCCCCGACAUUCAGCGGAUCUUUAUUCGCAUGCUCGACUUGACUCUGGACGCCGUGAAGCAUUGCACGUCCCAUCCACUGGCAAGAGAACUGCGUUUGCAAAUUGUCCUCUUUGGUCUACAGGUUCUACGAUGGAGCACAAUCAUCAACGCUACAUCCCAGUAUCGCUUCAAGGGCAAGAUUCUGUCGGCCGGUCUCUCCUGGUUCAGGAACUCACCCAGGUGGUCGUUUGGCAGCAACCUUGUGCAGCUGAAGACUGAGUUCCGCCUCAUCUCCGAUGUCCUCGCCGCCAUGAAAGUGGUUGCUCCCAUCGGAGCCAACACAUCCGGCGUAAACUCGCUACGCUCCAAGGAACAGCUGCUGCAACUGCUGUUGGAGAACGAGCAAUCGCGUCUGACAGUGUGGAUCAGCCCUCUCAACCAGCACCAUGCUCACUUGACGCUUCAUCACAGCUCGCCGAAAGCUGCGACGGAAGCUGCUCUCCUGCCUCUGGUGCCUACUGCCUGGUUCGAAGACCCUGCAAUUGCUAUUGAGCUGGCGACGAGAUUCCACUACCCCCGAUUGACUCGCGAGAUCAGAUUGCUUCUCCUUGCGAUGCCGGAAAGAGCCAUCUCUGAGCCUGAGGCCCUUUCUCUCAUCCUUGGAGGACAUCUACCUGACGAUGUCGGCCCUCAACUAAAGUAUCUCUUGUUCUGGGAACCAGUCAAUCCGCUCACUGCCGUGACUCUCUUCCUACCAGCAUACAGAGAUCAUCCGUUCCUUAUCCAAUACGCCAUGCGAGCUCUGGAGAGCCAUUCCGUGGAUAUCACGUUCUUUUACGUGCCUCAAAUUGUGCAAACGCUGCGUUACGAUACCCUCGGCUACGUGGAGCGAUAUAUCCUUGAGACUGCGCAGUUUUCUCAGCAUUUCGCUCACCAGAUCAUCUGGAACAUGAAGGCCAACGCGUACAAGGACGACGAUGCGCAGAUUCCCGAUGCUAUCAAACCAACUCUUGACGCCAUCAUGACCAAGAUGGUUGACAGCUUUGCUCCCGAGGACAGAGACUUCUACCAGCGAGAGUUUGCCUUCUUUGACGAAGUCACCAGCAUUUCGGGCAAGCUGAAACCGUACAUCAAGCGGCCGAAACCAGAGAAGAAGCAGAAGAUUGAGGAAGAGCUGCGGAAGAUUCAAGUUGACGUCGGUGUCUAUCUUCCCAUUGACGCCGACGGCAUCGUCAUUGGCAUCGAUCGCAAGUCUGGAAAGCCUCUGCAGAGUCACGCCAAGGCUCCCUACAUGGCCACUUUCCGCAUCAAGAAGCACAAGGGCGGCCUCGAGCAAGAGGCUCAGCUGCUGGAGGGAACGGCAGGAGGAGAGGGCAAGGAGCCCGAGGACAACACCGUCGAGAUAUGGCAGUCGUGCAUCUUCAAGGUCGGCGACGACUGCAGACAGGACGUGCUGGCGCUGCAGAUGAUUGCCGCCUUCCGAGGCAUCUUCCACAACGUCGGACUCGACGUCUUCGUGUUCCCGUACCACGUCACCGCGACGGCCCCCGGCUGCGGUGUCAUCGAGGUGCUCCCCAACUCCAUCUCGCGAGACAUGCUCGGCCGCGAAGCCGUCAACGGGCUCUACGACUACUUCGUGUCCAAGUACGGCAACGAAGACUCCCUCCGCUUCCAGCAGGCCCGCAGCAACUUUGUCAAGUCCAUGGCCGCCUACUCCGUCAUCUCCUUCCUGCUGCAGUUCAAGGACCGCCACAACGGCAACAUCAUGAUUGACGACGCGGGCCACAUCCUGCACAUUGACUUUGGCUUCUGCUUCGACAUCGCGCCCGGCGGCAUCAAGUUCGAGCGCGCGCCCUUCAAGCUGACGAGCGAGAUGAUGGCCGUCAUGGGCGGCUCGACGGAGCACCAGAGCUUCAAGGCGUUCGAGCAGCUCUGCAUCAAGGCCUUCCUCGCCAGCAGGCAGUACUGCGACAAGCUCAGCCAGAUCGUGCAGCUCAUGAUGGACAGCGGCCUGCCCUGCUUCAAGCCCGAGAGCGUGCAGAACUUUAGGGACCGCUUCGUCAUGGACAAGACGGAGCGCGAGGCGGCCGACUUCAUGAAGGACUUGAUUAAGAAGAGCUAUUCGAGCUACAGCACGGGCAUCUACGACCAGUUCCAGCUGCUUACCAAUGGUAUCCCUUACUGA